GCAAACACUUUUAGGGCAGCUAUGGAAUUUAUUGGUGUCAAAGAGGAAGGGAACAUAACUGCAUGAAUGUUAGUCAGAGAGGGAUUAAUGCAGAAGUUACUGUAAAAAAAAGCACAAAGAGAGACACAUUUGGACAGGGAACAUCACUUUAACUGCACUCAGGCUUGUUGAUAGUUGGCGUCAUGGCAGAGCUCAGUUUCAACGUGGAUCAUGGCUAUCUGGAGGGUCUGGUUCGUGGAAUGAAGGCCGGGAUCCUGACUCAAACCGACUAUCACAAUCUGGCCCAGUGCGACACACUUGAGGACAUGAAGCUGCAUCUGCAGAGCACAGACUACGGUAAGAUGCUGUCCUCGUCUGAAGAGGACCUGACUGUGUCUCUGGUGGACAGCAAGCUGAGGGAGAACCUGGUGACUGAAUUCAGCUGCCUUCGCUCCAACGCCCUUCCUCCACUAUCGACCUUCCUUGACUAUAUAACCUACAGCUACAUGAUCGACAAUGUGGUGAUGCUGAUCACAGGGGCUCUGAAACAGAGAGAUGUGGCAGAGCUCCUCCCCCGGUGUCACCCACUGGGCGCUUUCGACCAAAUGGCAGCAGUAGGCAUCGCUCGUACGCCAACUGAGCUCUACUCAGCCAUCCUGGUGGACACACCACUUGCUCAGUUUUUCCAGGAAGCUGUAUCUGAGUCCAACCUAGAUGAAAUGGAAGCUGAGAUUCUCAGAAGCAAACUGUUUAAGGCAUAUUUAGAGUCUUUCCACUCUUACUGCAAUAACAUCGGUGGUGCCACAAAAGAUAUCAUGUGUCCUGUCCUGGAGUUUGAGGCAGACAGGCGGGCCUUCAUCAUCACAGUAAACUCCUUUGGGACAGAUCUCAGCGGUGCCGACAGGAGUGCGUUGUUUCCAUCUUGUGGCAAACUUUACCCUGAAGGGCUGUGCCUGCUGGCCAGGGCCGAGGACCAUGAGCAGGUCAAGGCAGUGGCAGACUGUUACCCAGGGUAUAAGAUCAUUUUUGAUGACCCUGAGCCAGGAUCGGGAAGCAGGACUCUGGAAGACAGAUUCUUUGAACAAGAGGUGAGGCUGAACAUGCUUGCUUUCCUGCAGCAGUUCCACUUUGGAGUGUUUUACUCCUACAUCAAACUGAAGGAGCAGGAGAGUCGCAACAUCGUCUGGAUCGCUGAAUGUGUCACACAGCGACAGAAGUCCAAGAUACACAACUACAUACCUAUCUUCCAACAAAUUAACUCAGCAUGAUUGGUCAAUUAUUUUGAUUUAAGGCUAUUUUGCUUCUAUAACAUGUUUUCUUCUAGACUAGUGGAAAGAAAACAUCCAAUAUACACAUUAAGAUGUUUAUUACAAACUUUGUCUAUUUGUGUCUGUAGAUUUCUCCUAAAUUCACUAAAGGUUAGCAUUAGAUAAUGCCUCAUUUGCAUAUUUAAACAUUUCAGAAUAUUUGUAAUACAAAAAAGAAUUGUCUUAAUGUAAGUAAUCAACCGGGGAAGUUUCCUUUUGAUAUUUAGAAUACAACAAGGUAAUAAAUGUACUUCAUCAAAAA